AUGAAUCACAACGCACUCUCCAAACUCUCUCCGACAUACUCCCCACAGCAGCAGCAGCUACCCCAGCACCACCUACUCCACCAACAGCAGCAUCAACAGCAGCGCCAAGAGCAGCAGCAGCAUCACCAACAUCAUCAACUACACGAGCACGGAGUCAGCGAUGGUACCGAUGUUGUCAGCACCACCUCGGCAUCCAAACGAGCCGACCUGGAGCAGAGGAACUCCAGCAGAUCCUACACUCCGGAAGAAAGAUCCGACAACGAGACGGCGACCAACCUGAAAGAUGACAAAGACAGUUCAGCUUUUGCCAGAAGUGUCUCUAGUGAUGAUGGUCUACACAGCCCUGACGAUAACCACCUGGAGAAUACAGUAGACGAUGAGAUGAUGGGACAUGACCAAGAUAUGGCUGAAAAUGAAAACGACGAUGAUACGGAUGUCGAGGAAAGAAGUUACACAAACGACAGAGAGUACUCAAAUACACGAAGAUUCGCUGAAGAUGAAGGAAGAGGAGGAAGGGAGCGUGGGGAAAGAGAACGCGACCGAGAGAGGGAUAAUUUCAGCGCAAGAAAAAGAAACCGCAGCUUUGAAAGCGGCAAUGAUAAGGACAGACGUGAGUAUAAGAAAGAACGAAGUCCUUCCGGAGAAAGCGGCGAGAAACGCGGAUCUUCAAACCGCGGUCGAGAGUUUGACUAUCCGGGGUCAGAUCGAAAAAGAGGCUACGACCCUGACCGUGGCUACGACCAGACAAAGAAUGGUCGCAAUAGUAGGCACAACAUUAAUAGAUACAUCCAGAGCUUGUCAGAGAAUGGCUGUUCUAGGGACAAGAACGACAAACCACCUUCUGCAGGCAGUAACAACAGCAGCCACGGAAUCAACGACCGUGGAAGUGUUAACAACAAUGACAACUCCGAACUACGACCACCCAAGCGACACAUUGAGCGGCAGAACCUAAACACUCGAAUGAUUCCUUCUUCGUCGUCCAGGAAACAGCGUCAUCCAAUGAGAAGGUUCAGCAGUGCUGGCAGCGAACAGGAAUCCCCUCAGUCCACAUCCAGCUUGCCGGUGACCUCGACCACUGCGGAGGCUAUUGAACGAGGCGAUCUGGACGACAACGAUUUAGUCACAUUUCUACUGACCAAAGGUCGAGUCCACAAAUGCGUCCAUUGCCACAUGAUCUUUGAGGAUGCUUCCCUGUUUUUGCUCCAUAACGGAUUCCACUCACAUGACGAUCCUUUUCGAUGCGUGGUUUGCAGCACUGCAUGCAAGGAUCGCAUUGAUUUCAACUGUCAUCUCACUAGUCAUAUAAAAUGA